CACAAUCUGCGCUUAGCUAAUGUGGCGCGAUCCGUGCUUAACAAGUGUUAAAUUUCGAACCUUUCCAUCUUUUUAUAGAUAUAUGUAUGAAACAUACGUGCAGUUUUGUUAUGUGAAUCCAUAAUAACAUUCUUUAUUAAUCUAAAUAUGGCUGCAGACCAUAAUGCUUAUGUGCGUUCUAUUUUGAUAACUAGCAGCUCCUUAAACACGGAUUAUAAAGAGACUUAAGAUGCCAGAGGAAGAAAAAAAAAGCUAUUGUACUUCAUGGCAUCUGGAUUCUAACCAAUAUAAUAAUAAUGGGAUGUUGCUAGAAGAAGAUCGUCCUGUAGUACCUGGAGUUACUGUUAAAGCUGCUGCAGUAGAUGCACUUGUAGACAUAUUGAUAGAGUCAUUUUUACCUAUUGGUGGACUGAAAGAAGAAAACUGUAACUUUCCCAGAGUUAUGUUGCUUAUGCAUCAAUGGUUUACUACUUCAGACAACUUAGCUCAAAGUCUAAUAUCCAGAUAUCCUUUUCAAUUUCUAAUUUUAUGGUUUUCUAAGUUCAUUAGCCACAAUAUGCACAUCCACUAUUAAUUUAUCAAGAAAUAUUCAAAAUCAAUAUGUAACUAAAAUUGUAAAUUAUUAAAAUUUCAGUUCUUCUAUGCUAAAAGUGCUAACUGGCAAUUUUAAGAAUUAUUAUUUAGCAUAAGUGUGUUAAUUUUGAGCUCUAUUUUAAUAAACAAAAUGAAUAACAAAUUAAAUACAUAUAGGAAUUGUAUGUUUUGUUUGCAGUAGUUGCCUUUGUUGGCUGUCAUUGUAAUAUAGCAGGGAUGGCCAAACUUCAAGGCGAUGUGAGCCGCAUGAUAGAUUUUAUGAACCUUCAAGAGUCGCAAGUCCAAAUUUAUAUUGUUUUGAAAAUGAGACAGGAUUUGAAUAUAAAAAAACUUUUGAAGUAAAUUAAUGAAUGUGUGAUUAACACGAUUACAUAUAAAUAUGAAUAAAUACAUCUUAUAUCUACUGUUUUGUGUUUAGAAAAGUAAAGCCUAAGAAAAUAAAAAUUUAUAACUCUUGAACUGAGCAACUAAGCAUUACUUUCUAAGUAACUAAGCAUUACAACUAAGCAUUUCUUCAGGUAGAGAAACCUAAUAUUUUCUUCUGAUUUCAUUUAUAACUUUCCAUUUAUAAUUAUUAUUGCUUUAUUUUAGUAGAAGUAAAACAAAUCAAAAGCAUAUUCAUUGGUCUACAAUUAC